GGCUCGAAUCACCGGCAUGUGCCCAACAGCCGGGCUCCAGGGGCGCAUUUAAAUGCCGGCCGGGGCCGAGUCCGGAGCAGCUCCAGCUCCCCACCGCCAUCCCGGGAACAAAGCGGAGCCCGGCGGCCUGAUCGCCCCCGCCUCCCCGGUCCCCCUGCCCGCCCGCUUUCCUUCUCGGCGACCAGCCUCCGCCGCCUCCUGCUUAGCCUCUGCUCGGCGCUGCUCCUGCCCAAGGCCGGCCUGGCACCAUGCGAUCCAUCCCCGCUCCCGGGAUCCGCUUCAUCCGCUCUUUCCCGAGGGACAGCUGGUAUCGAGGAUUAAUUCUCCUGUUGACAUUCCUGUGCUAUACUAGCUACCAUCUCUCGCGGAAACCGAUCAGCAUAGUAAAGAGUCAACUGCAUUACAACUGCUCUUUGCGAGGUGCCAAUCCACACAAUGAUUCGAACAGUACCACGUGGUGCGACUGGAAGCCUUUUGAUCAGGACAACUAUAAAGAACUCUUUGGAGCCCUGGAUAAUGCCUUCCUGGUCGCCUAUGCUAUUGGAAUGUAUAUCAGCGGGAUUUUUGGUGAACGCCUCCCCUUGCGCUACUACCUCUCUGCGGGGAUGCUGCUGAGUGGAUUAUUCACUGCCUUAUUUGGACUGGGGUACUUCUGGCAAAUCCAUUACCUUUGGUACUUUGUCAUCAUACAGGUCUGCAACGGUCUGGUGCAAACCACCGGCUGGCCAUCCGUCGUGACGUGCGUCGGCAACUGGUUCGGAAAGGGGAAACGGGGCUUCAUCAUGGGCAUCUGGAAUUCGCACACAUCUGUAGGAAACAUCCUGGGGUCCCUGAUCGCAGGCGCUUUUGUUUCACAGGCAUGGGGCCUGUCAUUCAUCGUUCCCGGAAUCAUCAUUGCCACGAUGGGAGUCAUCUGCUUCUUGUUCCUCAUUGAAUAUCCAGAAGAUGUUGAGUGCAGCCCUCCUCUUCACCAUGCCAGUUCAGAGGAGAAAGGCCUUGAGGCAGAACAUUCCAUCAGUGACGGGAGCCUGAACGCGUCCAACCACAGCAGAGAAAACAUCAUGGUUGCGGUAGAAAGCACAAAAGAAUCAACAGAGGGACCGGAAGCCAUCAGUUUCAUUGGCGCACUCCGGAUACCUGGAGUGGUGGAGUUCUCAUUUUGCCUUCUGUUUGCGAAGCUGGUCAGCUACACUUUCCUCUACUGGCUGCCUCUUUACAUUGUGAAUGUUGCUCAUUUCAGUGCAAAGAAGGCUGGAGACAUGUCCACUCUCUUCGACGUCGGCGGCAUCAUCGGUGGCAUCCUUGCGGGUCUUAUCUCUGACUACACUGGCGGUAGGGCCACCACAUGCUGUGUGAUGCUCAUUUUGGCAGCCCCCAUGUUAUAUCUGUACAACUACAUUGGCCAAAAUGGACUUGCUACAUCAGUAGUGAUGUUAAUUAUCUGUGGAGGCCUGGUCAAUGGGCCUUAUGCUCUCAUUACGACAGCAGUGUCAGCUGACUUGGGCACUCAUGAAUGUCUCCAAGGAAAUGCAAAGGCCCUCUCCACCGUUACAGCUAUCAUUGAUGGGACAGGAUCUGUAGGUGCUGCUCUCGGACCCCUGCUGGCAGGGCUGAUCUCUCAAUCAGGCUGGGACAACGUCUUCUACAUGUUGAUAACGGCCGACGUACUGGCUUGUCUGCUCCUUUCCCGCAUGGUGUACAAAGAAAUACGAGGAUGGUGUGGAUGCUACGCAAGAAAGAGAGGGUCACUAAACUUCACUUUUUGAAUAGACAUGUUCUGGGGCCAGGAGUCACGCUUUAAGGAAUUCUGACAUGACUCCUGAAGCCGGAGGAGCCUGAAGACACAACGGGGGCGAGCUUUGCAGGGAGGGGUCAGGUUUUGUCGGCCCUCAUAACUCCACAGUGGGAGAAAUGAACAAAGCUGAAACGGAGUGGAUGCCCGAAACAAACAGGACUCUCUUGGCAACACCAGCCGAGCCCGUCACCAGCUGCACUUGUUUUUAAACUGAUGGAAGGGAACAUAACCGAGUGUCUACACAAUCAAAGGCGAAAAGGAAUGGAUGUUUGGGGGAUCCAUGCUGCAUCUUGAGGCCUCUGUUUUGUAGCAACUGCA